AAAUCUCUGACCUUACAUUCAAUAGUCUUUUCUAAUCUAGAAAAUCCAGACAAGUGGUAAGCAAAACAGACAUCUCAGUAGAUUUGAAGGCUAUAUGAGAGGUUUUAACGUUUCAAACACUAAACGGAAUAGGAAAAGCAGUACUCAAUAACUAUGUAGAAUAGUACAUAAGUAUGUGAUUUUUGGAUACAAUGCUAGUUUGUUUAGUGAGUCUGAGACGCAGUGUCACAAGGUGCUCUAUUACUGCUGCUAUACAUUAUAUUUCUGAGGACAAGGAUGCAGGAAGCAGGGGUGCGGAGUGUGCUGCAGCGCCCACGAAUUUCAGGAAUCCUUUGACUGGAGGAGGAGGAAGAAGAAGAAGAAGAAGAAGAAGAACAGGAAGAAGAAGAACAACCGGUAUGAGAAGAACAGGAAGAAAGAGAAGAAGAAGAACAGGAAGAAGAACAAAGAACAGGUAUGAGAAGAACAGGAAGAAGAAGAAGAAGAAGAAGAAGAAGAAGAACAGGAAGAAGAGGUAUGAGAAGAACAGGAAGAAGAAGAAGAAGAAGAACAGGAAGACCAGGAAGAAGAAGAAGAAGAAGAAGAAGCACAGGAAGAAGAAGAAGAAGAACAGGAAGAAGAAGAAGAACAGGAAGAACAGGAAGAAGAAGAAGAGGUAUGAGAACAGGAAGAAGAAGAAGAAGAAGAACAGGAAGCAGAGGUAUGAGAAGAACAGGAAGAAGAAGAAGAAGAAGAAGAAGAAGAAGAAGAACAACAACAACAACAACAACAACAACAACAACAGGUAUGAGAAGAACAGGAAGAAGAAGAAGAAGAACAGGAAGAGGAGGUAUGAGAAGAACAGGAAUAAUAAUAAUAAGAAGAAGAACAGGAAGUAGAAGAAGAAGAGGUAUGAGAAGAACAGGAAGAAGAAGAAGAACUUUUGUUUAAGCGGUUAGGCUAGGAGGCUCGAGUCAGUGCAUGCAACAUAUAUGCUACUUACACUGUGAAACUCCUUCCUGUGACCCGUGUCUCAGGACAUACACAAGCAAUGCUCCAAACACCCACAGGAUACAUGCAGCAACCAGCUUGUGUAUGUGCA